AUGCGCUUCGAAAGUCAAAUCAUUCAAAGCAGUCCCUCCGAGGACCAAUGGAUGGCAGGUAUCAAGCAAAAGUUGAACGAAAUCAGCCAGGCACACCAACAAGCGCGCAUGAAGGCACAACAACAGCAACAGCAACAGCAGCAGGCUAUGGGAAUGCAAAUGCAGCACAGUCGCUCGCACCAAGGCGAGAUGGCACCACAGAUGCCCAUGGGCGCGCCGCAAAUGAUGGGCCAGAUGAACAUGCAACCACACAUGCAGCAGCCUCAACAACAACCGCCACCUCAGCAGCAGCAACCGCAACAACAGAUGGCGCAAAACCAGCAACCCCAGGUCUACACUGUCGAGGAACAAAAGCAGAUUACGAACAUUGCGCGCAACAUGAUAACCACGGUCCCUGAAGAUCAAAGGAAUCUGAUGCGCCAGCGCCUGUUGUCCCAGAUACCUCCUCCGCAGAGAGAGCACUACCAGCGCCAAGGCAUUGAUCCUCUCGCCAGACACUUCCAGCAGCUCGCUAUGAAAAAGUUCAAUGCCGCCAAGAAAAGCCAGCAGGAUGGUGCACCCGUAGAUUUCUCAUCUUUUGCUGGUCAACAGGCCGACGCAAUGAAAAUGGCCGAUCAAGGCCAGCUCGUUGUGCCAGCCAGCAAUAACAACAUGGGCAUGAAUCCCGCAACCGCCAACGUGGCCAACAUGGGCCAGAUGAACAUGCCGCCCGCCAUGCAAAACAACCAGCAGCAGAUCCAGAACAUGAUGGCCCAGAGGCAGCAGCAGACCCAGGCUCAGAUGCGCAACACUCAGAUGCAGCAACAGGCUGCGGCUCAAGCUCAGGCCCGUAAUGCUGCUCAGCAACAAGCCCAGCAACAAAUGCUCAGAGGACAACCUGGUGGUCUCAAUACCACACAGCCUCCCCAGCAAAGCCCCGCCAUGUCAAUGCUCAACAGGCCCAUGGUUCCACCUGGCCAGCCCUCUCAGACACCUCCUCAGUCUCGUCCCCAGCCCACACCUCAGCCAAACCAGCAGAUGAACCCUCAGAUGAUGGCUCAAUUUAGCCAACAGAUUGCGAACAAUCCUGGUCUGUUCCCUACUCCCAAACCAGAUCUACAGAUUCCACCGGGCGUGCAGCUACCACCGCAGUUGAGGGCCAAACUUGAGGGAAUGCCNCCUGAUCAGCAACAUCAGAUUCUACAAAGGAUUCGCGAAUCACAACAAAAGACGCCGCAGUCGAAUCAAGUUCAAGCAGCGCAACAAAUGAUGAUGAACGGUAUGAACCCUGGAGCUCCCAUGGGCCAGCAAGUCUUACCAAAUGGCGCCAUGGGCAUGCCUCCACAAGUCCCCCUCAACCCUCAGCAACAGGUGGCCAUGGGCAUGCCGGGAGCUCCGAGUCACCAACAAAUGCAGCAGCGGCUCUUGAUGCAACGGCAGCGUGAAAUGGACGCGAGACCUUUCCCUCCACGGAUUCUGAACGAAGUAUGUUCGGUGCCUCCGAAUGUCAAGACGUGGGGUCAGUUGAAAGAGUUUGUGCAACAAAACCAGAACAACCUGCCUCCAGACAUUCUGGACAAGGUUCGUCGAUUCCAACAGAUAGUCAUACAGAAGCAGCAGCAGCAGGCUGCGAUGGCCAAUGCGAACGGGGCACCUGGUAAUCAGAUGUCUGGUCAGUUGCCACAAGGCGCUGUACCUAAUCAUCCGACCAUGACCGGCGCCCCUCCUGCCCAAAUGGUUCCGCCACCAUCCCAGAUGGGUCCAAAUGCGGGUAUGCCCAACAUGAACCCGAAUUCGCAAAAUCUCGCCAACAUGGGCGGCGUAUCUAUGCCUCCGGUCACAGAGCAGGAGUUACAGGCUUUCAAGGCGAGGAUUCCUGCAGCUCAAGGAUGGUCUCAUGAGCAGCUGAGAAAGAACUUUAUGCAGUGGAAGUACCAGCAGAUGCAGAAACAGAACCCUGCCAUGGCCCAACAGGCUAUGAACGCAAUGCGACAAGCACAGCUGCAACAAUCUGGAACACCGGGCAUACCACCGCAGAAUCCAAUGGCACCCACGGUGCCUCAGAUGGGUCCUCAGUCGGCUGCUAUGGUGCCUCAACUAUCCCAACAGCAUCUUGCGAACAUGCAACAGCAGAACACGCCAGCGAACAAGAAGGGCCAGAAGCGCCAGGGCGCAAACGAUGAUGUUGUCGAGAUCCCCAACCCGAACCAGUCGCCUCAAAGACCGAACAAUGCACAACAGAAGAACCAGAAGCCAACUAUGCAACUCGACCCUGAACAGCUCAAAAACAUGCAUCCUGACAAGAUCAAGCAAAUGGCUCCGGAACAGCGUGCUGUCAUGCAACAGUCGAUGCAACAAUUGCAACAGAAGAUGCAAAUGGACGCCUUGAAAAGAGCCCAAUCCUCGACUAACCAAAACCAGAAGAUGUUGGAUGGGCAGCAGCAGGUAUCCCAAGCUCAACAAGCUGGACAAAUGUCGCAGGCCCAGCGCGAGCAGUUGCAAGCCCAAGGUGGUCAACAGGCUGCACAGGUUUCGCAGCUCAAGGUACAGCAACAAAGAGCCAGACUAGCCGCCAUAACUUCAGAAACAGAGGCUGCCUACCGCAAGGGUCCUCCUCGAGAAGUGGACGACGCCAGCUUCGCCGAAGUAGUUUCAAAACUCCGUAGCUGUCGAGACAUGAUCGUGAAGCUGGACAAGAUGCUGCCCACUGCCAUGACAUUCGUCAACGACAAGAUCGUACGCCAGAUCUGCCUUGAGAGGGUCAAGCUUCUCGGUGAGAUGAAUUUGGAUGGUAACAUCAAUGGAUAUCUCUCGCUGUCGGUUCAGCAGAUUGGGGAGGCUGAGGGAAGGAUUCGCCAAUUCAUCAUGCAAUGUUUGCAGCACAUACACAAGUUGAAGACGACCUCUUCGCCCGAGCAAGUACAACAAAAUACGGAACAAGCAAAGCCUCAGCAAGCACCACUGGCAGCCACCGCCGCUAUGGCNAAGAACAGCAUCCAAGGGCGGCGACCGAUCGAAACCACCCCGGCACCUACGUCGGCUGUGCCUCCUCCAUUUCCUGUUAGUCAUCCAUCNCCUCACGGUGUGCCCGUCUAUGAUGGCAGUAUUCAAGGACUUACNCCUGAUAAGCUUCAACUUCCGGCCAACAAACGUAGAAAGACUGGUCAACCUGGAAGUUCGGCUUCUACGCCCGCAAAUGCAGGCACAACCCCUGGCAGUAUGCCUAGUCCCAACAUCAAGAUGCAAAGCCCUGAGGACAAGAGACGACAACUGCAGCCCAAAAUUGAACCACCACGAGGUCCGGAGAAGAAGUUCAAGUGCGCAGAUGAGUACUGCGAGUUUCAUGUCACCGGCUUCGAGAAAGAAGAUGAGCUCCAGGCCCACACAGCGGAAGUACACAAGCGGAUCGAGAAUCCGCUCGACUUCUUCCUCGAAAACGCGGCUGCUGCAUUCGAACUCGACUUGGACGGCAAUGAAAAAGCACGCCAGAUUGACAGCAAGCCAAUUCUUAGUGGUGUCAAGCCAUCUGCCCUGGGACCAAACACGAUUAAGAAGGAGGCGCUUAAGGUUGAUGGGCAGACGCCUGCCAAGACCAUCAAGGCAGGAACGCCACCAACCAUUGCCCGUACACCGCAAGGGCAAAAGCGAUCAGCACAAGAUCAUGAACCAGCUUCGUCAUCACCUAAGAAGAAGACUAUGCUCGACACCAUGAUGGAGAAGGCUGGCGUCUCAAUGCCGCCAGUCGAGAAGUCUACCUUUCAAGAGGAGGAUCGCAAGCAAUCCUCGACACCUCCCAAUAUGCGGAACAACGACGAUGCCGAUGAUGACUUUAUGAGAUCGGUUCGCGAGACACUUAAUGGUCUCGAUGAAGGAGCACAAUACUCGGAUCUGGACUGGCCUAUCGAUCCCUCGCCUGACAUGACACCCUCGAGUUCCAACUCCGGCACAUCAGCGGCCACUUCCAACUUCACCGACAUCAGCGAGCAUGACCGUCUCAAGAUCAUGUUCGAGAGUGAUCCAUUCGGUCUUGGCUCUGGUAUACAAUUCGAUCUCGGUGAUGACCUUGGCAUGGGUAUCAUGGGCAUUCAGUCUACAUUCGACAACAAGAAGGAGAAUCAGGAUAAAGCGACACCGCCACCUGAUGUUAGUUGGGACGCCCUGUUUGGGGCCAACGCUGGUUUGGACAAAAACGACAUGAACUGGGACAAAGACCCCAUGGGUAACAGCAUUUUCGACGGCGUGACCUUUUCCGACAUUUAG